ACUGAGAUCGCCAAACGUCUCAAUGCAAUCCUGGCUCAGAUCAUGCCGUUCUUGUCACAAGAGCAUCAACAGCAGGUGGCUCAGGCUGUUGAACGAGCCAAGCAGGUGACUAUGACUGAGCUGAAUGCUAUCAUCGGGGUACGUGGACUUCCCAAUCUGCCUCUGACUCAGCAGCCGCCGCCUCAUAGUGUCUACCCUGCUUUUAUGCAGCAGCAGCUUCAGGCUCAACACCUCUCUCACGCUGCCCACGGCCCCCCAGUCCAGCUGCCCCCACACCCUUCAGGCCUGCAACCGCCCGGCAUCCCCCCUGUAACGGGCGCUGGCUCCGGCCUGCUGGCUCUGGGCGCUCUUGGCAGCCAGGCCCACCUGCCCGUAAAGGACGAGAAGAACCACCACGACCUGGAGCACAGAGGACCCUCAUCUUUUCACUCGCCUCUGGCCAUUCCUCUGAAAGAACGCGAGUCGAGCACGAAUAACUCAGUGUCGCCAUCAGACAGCCUGCGGGCGUCGAGCGAGAAGCACCGCAGCUCUUCAGAUUACGGUCUCGACUCCAAGAAACGCAAAGUGGACGACAAAGACAGCAUGAGCAGAUAUGACAGUGACGGAGACAAAAGUGACGACUUGGUGGUGGAUGUUUCCAAUGAGGAUCCAGCCACCCCUCGAGUCAGCCCGGCGCACUCUCCUCCAGAAAACGGCCUGGAUAAAUCACGAGUCCUGAAGAAGGAUGCUGCCCCCAACAGCCCCGCCUCUGUCGCCUCCUCGGGCAGCACGCCGUCCUCCAAAGCAAAGGACCACGCCCAUAACGACAAGUCGUCCACACCGAGCCUAAAGUCCAACACACCUACACCGAGGAACGAGGCCCCGACACCAGGAACCAGCACCACUCCAGGACUGCGGCCUCUUACAAUGGGCAAACCACCUGGCAUGGAGGCGUUAGCUGCCCCUGCCCUCCGUACACCUCUGUCCAUCGCGGGCUCCUAUGCCAGCCCGUUUGCUAUGAUGGGUCAUCACGAGAUGAACGGAUCCCUGACCAGCCCGGCCGUCUAUCCGGGUCUCAUCUCACCACAAAUGAGUGCUGCAGCUGCCGCCGCCUAUGGACGCUCACCAAUUGCGGCGUUCGAGCAUUCUCACAUGAGAGCUCCGGGUCUGCCACCCAACCUCACGUCCAUUUCUGGAGGAAAACCAGCUUAUUCUUUUCACGUUAGUGCGGAUGGUCAGAUGCAGCCCGUGCCCUUCCCUCCAGAUGCACUGAUAGGCCCGGGCAUCCCACGCCACGCUCGCCAGAUCAACACGCUGAGCCACGGGGAAGUGGUGUGCGCUGUCACCAUCAGCAACCCCACACGUCACGUCUACACCGGUGGCAAGGGUUGUGUCAAGAUCUGGGACAUCAGCCAACCAGGCAGCAAGAGCCCAGUGUCCCAACUCGACUGUCUGAACAGGGACAAUUACAUCCGCUCCUGCAAGCUGUUGCCUGACGGCCGCACCCUGAUAGUGGGUGGUGAGGCCAGCACGCUGACCAUCUGGGACCUGGCCUCGCAGACGCCCCGCAUAAAGGCCGAGCUCACUUCCUCUGCUCCAGCCUGCUACGCACUGGCCAUAAGCCCCGAUGCCAAGGUCUGCUUCUCCUGCUGCUCCGAUGGAAACAUCGCUGUGUGGGACCUUCAUAACCAGACCCUCGUUAGGCAGUUCCAGGGCCACACAGACGGAGCGAGCUGCAUCGACAUCUCCAACGACGGCACCAAACUGUGGACGGGAGGGCUCGACAACACCGUCCGCUCUUGGGAUUUGAGGGAGGGACGACAGCUCCAGCAACACGACUUUACCUCACAGAUCUUCUCGCUGGGCUACUGUCCCACUGGAGAGUGGCUGGCUGUGGGCAUGGAGAGCAGCAACGUGGAGGUGCUUCACCACACCAAGCCUGACAAGUACCAGCUGCAUCUGCACGAAAGCUGCGUCCUCUCACUCAAGUUCGCCUACUGUGGUAAAUGGUUUGUGAGCACAGGGAAGGACAAUCUGCUGAAUGCAUGGAGGACUCCUUACGGUGCCAGCAUAUUCCAGUCGAAGGAGUCGUCCUCCGUCCUGAGCUGUGACAUCUCGGCAGAUGACAAAUACAUUGUGACAGGAUCCGGUGACAAGAAGGCCACCGUCUAUGAGGUCAUCUACUAGAGAGCGAGAGGAGGGUCCUGCUCUGCUUCGGCACUUCACGAGAAGACUUUUAUUCCCCCCUCCCCCGACCAUCCGUCUGUGGACUACAACGGGCUGAGACAAACUACAGAUUUGGAAAACUCGAUGGAGCUGUUAGCCUGAGGAUGCUUGUGCUGGAAAGAAGUUCAUUCUUUGUCCUUUUUGUUUUGGAGGUUUAUUUUUGGGUUACACAUUGUUUUUGUGACUUCUGAGUUUUUUUUUUUCUUCAGCUUUUUCUUGAGAAUACUUGGGUGAAGCGGCGCUUCAUUUCUGAGAACCUUGUUCCCCCAGACGUCUUGUGAAAAGUGUACAUAUCGGAUUAAAUAAAAGACAUUUUAUAUAUAUUAUAAAAAUAUAUAUAUUUU